UGGAACAUUUUCGAUUUUAUUUCAUUACGUUAAGGACUACAAAACUGACAGGUAUGUGGUGGUUGUUAGCAAUAAAUACUAUCGUUAGUAUAGAAGGAAGAUACGAGAAUGUGAAUAUAAAGCAAGAUUGGUGGGAGACGGCGGUCUUCUAUCAGAUUUAUCCCAGAUCCUUCAUGGACAGUGACAAUGAUGGAAUCGGAGAUUUGAAUGGUAUAACUUCGAGACUCGAAUACCUCAAAGAAUUAGGAGUAGACGCGACCUGGUUGUCACCAAUCUUCAAAUCACCGAUGCACGAUUUUGGCUACGACGUCUCUGAUUACUACACAAUACAACCAGAGUACGGUAGCAUGGAGGACUUCGAACAACUCCUAAAGAAAGCCAACGAGCUCAAUAUAAAGAUAGUGUUGGACUUCGUGCCAAAUCACACUAGUAACGAGAGUGAUUGGUUCGUAAAAUCUGCAAAUAGGGACGAAUAUUACAACGACUGGUAUGUGUGGGAGAAUGGACAUUUGGACGAUAGAGGCAUGCGACGACCACCAAACAACUGGAUCAGCGUGUUUAGAAAAAGCGCAUGGUCGUACAUGCCUACCAGAGAUCAAUAUUACCUUCAUCAGUUUGGGGAAGCACAACCAGAUUUGAACUUCAGAAAUCCUGUUGUUGUCGAAGAAAUUAAAAAUAUCAUAAAGUUCUGGCUCGAAAAGGGAGUAGCAGGCUUGAGAAUAAAUUCAAUCAAUUACCUUUAUGAAGCUGAUAAGGAUUUAUAUGGAGGACGGUAUCCCAGCGAGCCAAUCACGGGCAAACCUGGCCUUGGUCCUGAUGACUAUGGAUAUCUAGACCACGUUUACACGAAGGAUCAAGAAGAGACAUACGACAUGGUCUCGCAGUUUAGAGAUGUGUUUGAUGCUAUCACUAUAAGAGAUAAUUUGACAAGGAUUAUGAUGACAGAGGCCUUUACAAGCAUCAAAAAUGCAGUGAAGUAUUACGGCGAGGGAAUUCAUUUAGGAGCUCACAUCCCCUUCAACUUUGCGCUUAUACAGGAUCUGGAUAAGGAAUCUGAUGCUAGGGACAUCAAAUAUGCUGUCGAUCGCUGGCUAACUUACAAACCUUUGAAAAAACAGGCUAAUUGGGUGGUCGGAAAUCACGAUAAGAGUAGAGUUGCUUCCCGUUUCAGACCAGAACUGGUGGAUGCUUUCAACAUGCUGGUCUUGUUGCUUCCUGGAAUUGCUAUAACUUAUAUGGGUGAAGAAAUAGGCAUGUUAAAUGGCUUCGUGCCGUGGAGCGAGACGAAGGAUCCUCUGGCUUGCAAUACCGACGACCCCGUCAAUUUCAUCGAAGUAUCCCGGGAUCCUGUACGCACACCGUUCCAGUGGAGCAAUGGAAAAAACGCUGGGUUCUCAACAGCAGAGAAUACGUGGCUGCCAGUAGCUGAUGGUUUUGAGAGCCUUAACGUCGCCAGCCAAAGAUCAGCGGUUCGCUCCCACUACCAAGUUUACAGGACGCUUACCAACCUCCGCAUACGCCCAGCUUUCCGUCUCGGCAGAUACGAAUCUUUGGCAUUGAAUAACGAUGUGUUCGCUUUUAAAAGAUGGUACAACGAUGAUACUUACAUCGUCGUCAUAAAUGUCGGAAAAACCUAUCACAUUGUGAACCUAACUGCCUUCGAUCUUGUCUUCGGGCAGCUGGAAGUCGAAGUUAGCAAUGUAUUGUCUUCAAGGACUUACAGUGACAACGUUCAAGCUAAUUACUUAGAUUUGGCGGCUGAUGAAGCAUUAGUGCUGAGGAUGCAGGUGUAAGAAGAACGUAUACCUUUACUAACAGCAUAUAUUUCUUCAAUUAAAUAAAUGUGAAUACUAUU